UAAUUUAUGCACUCAGAACUCAGAAGCCAUUUGGGUCUAUAUGUAUGCGGGUGUUUCUCAAUACGUCAACAAAUAUCGGUGGUUUCUCUUUCCUCCUCACUUGUUCUUGCCUCACGGCCCUAAUCUCCAGAUGGAAUUCUCUGUACCUUGAUGUGGAUAUAGUAUGUCUUCUCGUGUUCAUCUGCUAAAUUCCUAAUUUAUAUGCUUCUAGGGCUUGUGUGACAUGAGUUCAGUUAAUUUCUGAUCCUUUCCCAGCUUACUUUUUUUUGUUCUUCUUUUUCCUGAGAAUCGGAUGAAGUUUGAAUCGAGGAUUUGAACUAGAUUAGGAGGAUUUACGUUAGAAAGAGGGCAGAAGACCAACAAGGCUGCUGCUUCGAUGGAAUGGGGUUACAAGAUUCCGCCAUGGGAUUUGGCAGAAACGGAUCAAAAUGCUGAAUCCAACCACGCUGGCGGAACUGUCGAGCCGAUUUGCAGUCUGGGAGGUCAGGCUAACGGCGUAAACUGUUCGGUUGAUCUGAAGCCAGGGGGAUCGGGCAAUCCUGAACCGCCGGAGAAGCGGGAAGACCAACCUGAGAUGACGACGGUGGCUGUUUCGUCAUCCAGUCCGUCGAAGAGGGCUCGCGCACCAAACGCAGCCGGUCAGAACGUAUCGUGCUCGGUCGACGGCUGCGAAUACGAUCUCAGUGAUUGCAGAGAGUACCAUCGGCGACACAAGGUCUGCGAGGCCCACUCGAAGACGCCGGUCGUGACGGUGGGCGGCGUGGAACAGAGGUUUUGUCAGCAGUGCAGCAGGUUUCACUUGUUGGUGGAGUUUGAUGAGGUAAAGAGAAGCUGCAGGAGACGCCUCGAUGGACACAACAGAAGAAGAAGAAAACCUCAACCAGAGUCAAUUACUUCAGCUAGCCUCUUUCCAAUUCCGCAAGGCACCAGGAGGUUCUCAGCAUACCCUCCCAUCUCCCAAACUCAUUUGUCAAAGCCCAACAACUGGUCUGCAGUUGUUAAAACUGAAGAAAAUGCAGUGAAGGCUCAUCAAUCCUUCUGUCAUAACAAUGGCAAAGUUUUUUCCUUCGACGGGACAGGAAUAGAACCCUGUCAGCCACUCCUCAAGAUUGUUUGUUCAGCAGAAAGCGGCGGCAGCGACGAGAUUCUCUCGGCCGGAUUAAUGCAAGCUCUCGACGCCGAUUGUGCUCUCUCUCUUCUGUCAUCCCCGACUCAAACUUCAAGUGUUCAUGUUGGGCAAAUGUUACCUGCCAGCCUCAUUUCGAGUUCUCAAUAUAGCAGUCUUGAGCACUUCGCUGGUACGCAACCACCGAGAGGUGUUCUGCCGACAGCGUUCUCUCGUUCGAGAGCUAAAGAUGAGCAAGUAGGUGGAGUUGUAGUUUCUGAUGCUGAUGGUCUUCCAUGCCAGGGCAUGUUUCGUGUAGGUAGAAGUGAGGAGUCACCUGGUGGCGUUUCGGAAUCACUUCCCUUCUCUUGGCAGUAAUGAAUUUGUUACUAAAACAAUGUCAUCUUGAUACCGAACGGUCUGUGCUUUCUCCUACUGUCUUGCUAGACAAGGAUGUGUAGUUGUUCUAGCUAGGGCCUUAUCGAAGUGGUUUGCCAGUGCCUCUAACAUGAAUUCUAUGUAGCAUGUAGUAUCAAUGCGUCAUCUCUAUAAUACAAGUGAUGUUUCUUUCA